AUGAGAAGGGUGAAAUUGGGCAGCGGGAUCGAGACACACGAGGGCCACUCCGUACGGGCGGAUCGGGAAACCCAAAAAGUACACGAGUUGCAAUCUGAGAGAAUCAGAAAAGAAGGAAAAACGAGAUCCGAGAUCCACGGCCCUAAUCGAGGCAGGUUGCAAUUGGGUAGCUGGGGGAAGAAAAGACAAAAGUCCGUCCGGGGACCAAAAAUCGUGGGUGACUGGAAGGAGGGAAAAGAGCGGCAACCCGACCAUUCGACUGGGUGUCGAGGAUUUGGCGUGUCGAGCCUCGGGAGAUCACCGCGACCAUCCGGUGGAGGACGAGGUACCUCACAGGCUGAGGGGAUGGAAGAGACUAGGAGGAAGGCUACUACUAAGGGUCUGGAGAGGUGGCGUGGGCCCUUGGGGAUCGAGAGAAUCAGUACUCGAAUCCAGAGAGCAAAUGGAUUUGCAACGGGACAGAUGACCACAAUGACAGGAGUGACGAGUGGAGGCGGGUCGGAAAACUGGGAGUUGGGUUGCCGAAAAGGGUCAUCCACGGCCUAUUCAACGGGACUCGGGCAGGAGGAGGGGUUGAAUAAUGAACGAGGCUCAACCGCCAUCACCAUGACCAGCCUCCAGGAGACCACCUGCACUUGGACGCAAUCAGAGGAGCUUUGCUUACUCCAUCGGACCACCGCUAGGAUUGGUCCUUACCCCGUUGGCCGCCAUGACAGGAGGAUCAUUGAGACUGGGUCGCAGAGAGAUCACAUCGCACUCUCCUCGCAAGAACGAGAGGCCUCAAUGGUGGAUUGCGGGUUGAUCACUUAG